AUGGACCAAAUACCCCGUCUAUCAGAGGUCCUGUAUGUUGGUCUGUGUCGUAAGAUAGGCACACCGACAGAAGUGGCCAUCAGAAGGGACGUGAUCGACAUAGAGGAAAUGAUACGGAAACCUUAUUUUAAUCAUAAAGGUUGUGGUGUGAUGGAGAGUGGUAGUUUUAGAGAGGGAUUUAGGUUUGAAUCCUCUGACUUCGAUAAAAUGCGGUGGUUUUGUCAUUAUAAAUUGAUAACUGACAUUUCCCAGUUUCGGCUUUUUAAUGCAUCAAAACAUUUAAUUGUGCUAAUGGAAGAUUCUGAUACAUCACCAGGAUUUGUCAGACUACGCCUCCUGACACCAGCACGAGACGAAAUCACGAUAUCAUGUCUAGUUCUCUUUAAUGGAGGGGUUUACAUAACUAGUCCUCUGUGGAGAGAAACACUUCUUCAGAUCCUGAAUGGGAGUUCUUCAAACUCUUUAAAUUUCAGAAUCCAUGGUCCCUGUAGUAGUUGGGUAAUAGAUUUUCAUGAAUUUGAUGAAGCUUUUUGUCUAGCUUCUUUUCCUUGGCCUAAACUAUUAGGAAGUUGGGUUGACAGAUGCCAGAGACAUACCUGGCCGUCUGUACCUGUGUUAGAAAAAAUCCUAAAAAAUGAAUGUCACUGUGUGCCUAUUGGUAGUAAAGUUGAUAUGACUUCAAACGAAUUGGAAUGGAGAUUGUCAUUUUCUCAAGCCGAACACCAAUUAGUAUGCACGAUGAAUCAUACACAAUUUCUAUGUUACGGACUUCUGAAAAUAUUUUUAAAGGAAGUUGUUAACUACAGAAAGGAACCAUUACUGUGUUCUUAUUACAUGAAGACCACGGUGUUCUGGAUGAUGCAAUUAGGACACGUAAGAUGGUGCCCAAACAAUUUACUGGAUUGCUUUUGGAAGUGUUUUAAAUAUCUCCUAUAUUGUGUUUAUCAUGGAUUGUUUCCUAAUUUUUUUAUUCCAGAAAAUAGUAUGUUCCUAAAAAAAAUAGUUGAGGGUGCACGUUCCUCUCCUUUACAACAGCUUUAUCAGUAUUACAGAAUGGGUGUGUCCUGUCUACUGCUGAGUCCGACUCUCAGAUCAAUCCUAGAACCUGCCCUCAGUAGCCCAUCGUUUGAAUUAUCUGCUGAUGAUGGAGAAUUCAUGAGUAUUGCAGAUUUAGAUAUAUGUGGUAUGAUUGAAAUAUAUAUAUAA